AUGCCUCGUGGAGGAGGUAGAGGUAGAGGACGUGGUCGUGGCGGCGGCGGACGAGGACGUGGAAGGGGUCGAGGUGGUGGUGGUGGUGGUGGUGGCGGAGGACGACAGUUCCAGGAUAAUCGACAGUCUUUUGAGGAAGUGAACAAGCGUAACGAUAAGCUGGAGCGAUACUACAACACCCUCAACAUCGUCCCCGAAGGCGAAGAGAGGGAGAAGUUCUGGACUGCGCUACGACGAGAACUUCCCAACUCCUUCCGCUUCACUGGAUCGAAGGGACAUGCGCUCAGUGUUCGCAACAACCUCGUCGAACGCUUCUUCCCCAUCAUCAGCCAGAUCAAACAUGAAGGCAGACCCGUCGAUCUUCCACAGUCGAUGAAAUGGUAUCCCGAGGGUCUGGCGUACAGCAUGACCACACCGAAGAACGUGGUGCGGAAAUACGAGCCGUUCAAGGAAUUCCAGCGGUUCUUGGUCAGUGAGACGGGCGUGGGCAAUAUUAGUCGGCAGGAACAUGUCUCAAUGAUUCCGCCGUUGGUGAUGGAUAUUCGGCCGGAGCAUACGGUGCUGGAUUUGUGUGCGGCGCCGGGGAGUAAGAGUGCGCAGUUGAUUGAGGCUAUACAUGCGGGUGAGGAGGAGCGGGUGGCUGGGGCGCUGAAGCAGGUGGGGAGUGGUGGUGAAUCGGGUGUUGAGGAUGGAGGACGGGCUACUGGACUACUGGUUGCGAACGACGUCAACUACCAACGUGCACAAAUGCUGGUUCACCAGGUCAAGCGUCUAAACUCGCCAAAUCUGAUCGUCAUGAACCACGAUGCUACGAUGUUUCCAUCGAUUGAGCUUCCGUCCUACACACCUCCUGGUCAGCCAAAACGUGGCAAGUAUCUCAAAUUCGACCGCAUCCUGGCUGAUGUGCCCUGCUCCGGUGAUGGUACUUGCCGCAAGAACCCUAGCAUCUGGAAGGAAUGGUCACCACAGAAUGGCUUAGGGCUAUACAUCACUCAAGUCCGCAUUCUUACCCGCGCAUUGCAGAUGCUCAAGGUUGGUGGCCGAGUAGUCUACAGCACUUGCAGCAUGAACCCUGUCGAAGACGAAGCAGUCGUCGCAUCAGCCAUCGAGAGAUGUGGUGGCGUUGCGAAGGUCAAGCUCUUGGACACCGCCGAUAUGCUACCAGGUCUGGAACGUGCCAGAGGCUUGAAAGACUGGUCUAUCAUGAACCGAACAGGUCGCAUGUAUGAGUCGUGGGCUGAAGCAGAGGGGAGUGAGGGAGAGGGCAGUAAGAUGGCACCUGGCAUGUUCGCACCAGAGAGUGGGGAGAAAAUCCCACUUGAACACUGCAUGCGCGUGUACCCACAUCAGCAGGAUACUGGUGCUUUCUUCAUUGCGGUCCUGGAGAAGCUGAGUGAGAUUCGUGCGAAGCCUGAGAACGAGAGCAAGUGUAUGAACAAGCAGUGGGCAUUCAUUGUGCCGGUCGAGGCGACUGACCCGUCCAAGAACACGGCUUUCGGAGAGCUUUUGGCGGAUGUGCAGAGUGAGCAGCCCGAUGCUCAUGGCCAUCUUCGCAAGCACGGCGCAGAGGGCAUCAAUGGUAAUGGUGAUGUAUCUGCUGCCGAGCGUCAAAAUGAGAUUGAGGAUAACGGUUUGAAACGCAAGGCUGAUGAGCUGGGCGAGGAUCCCAAUCUCGAGCCGAAAAAACCAAAAUUUGGCGAUGAGCCGGCGGAUCUGGUCAGCACUACUAAUACCUCACGUCGCGAGCACUACCCACUACCGCCUUCAGUGGCCAUGGCCGUAGAGGCAGAUGGUGGAAUACCUGGCUCCGAGGUCAUUGACAACGACGAUGUGAAAAUGGAGAACGAUGCCGAUAUGAAAGAUGCCGCCGAGAAUGCACCAUUCGAUGCAUCUACCGCCGACGAAAUCAAGGCACCGCUUCCAAGACCCAACGCUAGAGGCGACAGGCAAGCAAAUGUGGAAGCCUUCAAAUACCUGUCAUCCUCUCACCCCGAACUGGAGAGCAUCUACAAGUUCUAUGAACUGCACUCAUCUUUCCCACGAGAUCGCUUCCUAGUGCGCAACCCUGCCGGCGACCCUGUCAAGGGAAUAUACUACUCCAGCCAACUGGUCAAAGAUAUCUUGACCGUCAACUCCGAAGGCAAGGGCAUGAAAUUCGUGCACGCGGGCGUCAAGAUGUUUAUGAAGCAGGAUGCGCAGGGGCAGGAUAUUUGUCGGUGGAGAAUCCAGCUUGAGGGGUUGCCUGUUAUCGAGGGUUGGGUUGGCGAAGGUCGCGUCAUCCAUCUGACGAAGAAGUCAACGCUGAGGAAACUGUUGAUUGAGAUGUUCCCGCGUGUGGGCAAGGCGAAAGGGGAGGAGAAGGAGGGGUGGGAGUUGCUGGGGGAGAUUGGUGAGCAAGUCAGGGAUAUGGGCAUGGGCUGCUGUGUUCUACGCGUUGAGCCUAGUGAGGACGCGGAGGGCUUCGCUGAGCCCUUGACGCUUCCGCUUUGGAGGAGUAUGCAUUCGCUCAACCUGAUGUUGCCGAAGGAGGAUCGGAAGGCGAUGUUGUUGAGGAUAUACAACGAGGAUGUUGAGUUGAUCAACCAUAGUGAUCCGACGUGGAAGCGGGACAACCAUAGCAAACAGGAAACUGGAGCUGAUGACGCAGUGGUCGUCAAGAACGAACCUGUGUCUUCGGACGAUAAGAAGGAGACGGAUCCGGAUACUAUGAGGAAUGGCCACCAGGCCGAGAAGACCAAGGAGGAAGAUACACCCGCGGAUACCGCUCAGGCGACCGCAGGCGCUGCCGGCUCCAUACCAGCUGAAGACGAUGCUAAGAGGCUUGAGGACUUGACAGCGCGCACUACCAACCAACCUGGAAUCACAAAGACCAAUCCCAUUGAUCCGGAGGCUUUGGGCUCGAAGCAGCCUGAGAGUAUCAAGGAGGAGCAGUUGGGGUUCGCGGCACAGGCGCUCGAGGAUGAUGCGGUGGUCAAGAGGGAUCGGAUGGAGGGCGAGGCUAUGGAGGUGGGGGAGAGUGAAGACGUUAAGAUGACGGAGAAUAUGCCUGAGAGGGCUGGGGAGGGGGAUGAGGCGAACAGGACGGUUUGA